UGUUACCUGGAAGCAGAGGCUGAUCCCACAACUUCCUUCUGGGGAGUUGUGGAGUGAUGAUGUCUCCCCUGAGAUCCCUCCUCCAAACUGAACCAUCCCAGAUCCCUCAGCACCUCCUCGCAGCACUGAGCUCCAAGCCCUGCACAGCCCCGUUGCCCUUUGCUGGACAUGCUCCAUAUCUCAAAGGUGGGGAUUUUCCACCUCAAUAAGUGAACCACCUGAAUUGUGACCUGCACGGUUGUUGUUGGUUAUGCCACUGUGUUAGAAAUUCAGCUUAAAUCUGUAAAAUCAGUGGUUAAUAAACAUCCAUUCUACAAACGUAACACUGGAAAAAGCUUGGCUGUGCCCUUAUUUUGAGGCAAUGUGCUCCUGCCUACAUGAAGGCUAUCUUUCUAUUUUUUUCCUGUUCUUUUAAGUCUUUAUCACUUGCAUUUGGGCUACUGCCCACUUCCCAGGCUUUGUUGUGCCAUCCUCUGUCACCACUGGCAGAGGGCAGUGAACACGGCUGCUUUGUAUGGCUGCAGGCUCUGAAAUCACUGGAUCCAUUGCUGUCCAGGGAGUCAUUUGGGAGUUUAUUAUAGUUCUUACAGUUGAGGCUCCUGGGCUGCUCCUGCUGGAGUGCCUUAUUGCUUGAAUUACAGCGGAGCAGGGAGGAGUUUUGCUGGCACAGGCAGGAAAUGGUUAAGAGCCCUUCGUAUCACCUGGGAAAGCGAUUCUUUGAUUUUUCAGAGGGCGCUAACAUGCUGCACUCCGUGGGAAACAAAGGGAAGGAGAUCAGCUACAACAGUUGGUCCUGGAUUUUAUUUUCAGCGGCAGCGUGCGAGAGCUGGAUAUUGAUUUCUGAGAAAUAAGAGAUUCUGGGUUAAAUAUUCUUUUCUUCGCUCAAAAAAUGAUCUGUGAAGUGGAUCUGAUUCCAACUGGUGCCUUGAGAUAACUUCUUUCUGACUGAGAGGUGUGGCUGUCCUUGUAAACUGAAAAAAAUAUGUCUAUCCGAGGCCUGAAGAAGAAACAACCAAAGACUUUUAAAGUCAAGAUUAUAACGGUGGACGCUGAGAUGGAGUUCAGCUGUGAGAUGAAGUGGAAGGGGAAGGAUUUGUUUGACCUGGUGUGCCGAGCGCUUGGCUUAAGGGAGACUUGGUUCUUCGGCUUGCAGUACACAAUGAAGGGAAUGUGCACCUGGUUAAAGAUGGACAAAAAGGUUUUAGAUCAAGAAAUUCCUAAAGAAGACCCCAUUAGCUUUCAUUUUUUGGCUAAAUUCUACCCAGAGAAGGUAGAAGAGGAGCUGUUACAGGAAAUUACCCAGCAUUUGUUCUUUCUUCAGGUUAAGAAACAGAUACUGGAUGAGGAAAUCUAUUGUUCUCCAGAGGCAACAGUUUUACUGGCUUCUUAUGCUGUUCAAGCCAAGUAUGGUGACUACGACCCAAACUUUCACGAGCCAGGCUUUCUUGCCCAUGAUGAACUUCUACCCAAAAGGGUCCUCAGGCAGUAUCAGCUGACAGCAGAGAUGUGGGAAGAAAAGAUUACUGCUUGGUAUGCUGAGCAUAGGGGUAUUGCCAGGGAUGAAGCUGAGAUGAACUACCUGAAAAUUGCCCAAGACUUGGAAAUGUAUGGUGUCAAUUAUUUUCCCAUUGCUCAAAAUAAAAACCAUACCGAUCUCCUGCUCGGAGUUGAUGCCAAAGGGAUUCAUAUCUACAGCAUUAAUAACAGGUUCUCUCCAAAUAAAUCGUUUGAGUGGAGUGCUAUCAGAAACAUUUCCUAUAGUGAGAAGGAGUUAACCAUUAAACCUCUUGACAAAAAAGCAGAAGUCUUCAAGUUCUUUUCCUCUCAGCUCAAGGUAAACAAAUUGAUUCUGCAGUUGUGCAUUGGAAACCACGACCUAUUUAUGAGGAGAAGAAAAGUGGAUUCAAUAGAAAUUCAGCAAAUGAAAGCACAAGCCAGGGAAGAAAAGGCCAGAAAAAAGAUGGAGAAUCAAAGGCUGGCCAGAGAGAAGCAGCUCCGAGAAGAAGCUGAGCGAGCCAAAGAAGAGCUGGAAAGGCGACUUUUCCAGCUGGAAGACGAAGCCAGGCAAGCCAAUGAGGCCCUGCUUCGAUCCCAGGAAGCUGCAGAGCUGCUGGCUGAGAAAGCUCAGAUUGCAGAAGAAGAGGCGAAACUGCUGGCCCAGAAUGCUGCAGAAGCAGAGCAAGAGCGACAGAGGUUGGAGAUAACAGCUCUGAAAACCAAGGAGGAGAAACGGCUGAUGGAGCAAAAGAUGCGGGAGGCAGAAUUGAUAGCAGUGAAGCUGGUGAAGGAAUCUGACCGGAGAGCCAAGGAAGCGGAGCAUCUGAAACAAGAUCUACAUGAAGCCAGAGAAGCUGAACGGAAAGCAAAGCAAAAACUCUUUGACAUAACCAGGCUCAAUUAUCCUCACAUGGUCAAGUACCCACACUACUUUGCAACUGACACCAGAGAUGCCAACUUUGACAAAGGGUCCAUCAAGCUGGAUUUGAAGGACAUUGACCUCAAGAGACUGUCCUUCGAGAUAGAGCGAGAGAGGCUAGAUUACUUAGAAAAGAGCAAAAAAUUUGAAGAUCGACUGAAAGAACUGAAGUCUGAAAUUCAUGCUUUGAAACUAGAAGAAAAACAGUCUGGGUUUUACUCUCACUGGAAUGAAGUAUUGGGAUCCUUGGAUCGCUCCUUAGGAAAUAUCCCAUCGUGGAUGAAAACCUUUGAAACUGGCGAUGCAUCAGAUGUAAAUCUUCAUAGGCCUUUCCCUGCUUACUCAUUAAAUCCUACAAGCAGCUGGCCUUGUACCAACAAAAUCCAACACACAGUGCCAGUGCAGAAGUCAUCUCUUCAAACCAAUUCCUUGAUUGCCAACAGUGUGGGCACAGGAACCAGAAAACAGAUUGUAAAGGUUCAGCAGCAUGACUCAGAUGUGAUCUACAUUUGAAGAGCCUCGUUUCCUUACCAGACUGGUGGAACCUGAUGGCAUCUGUUUGGCUGCCACAAAAUGCACCCACAUGAGAACGCUGGUGCAGCUCUGUCUCCUGACAGCCAUCAGCACAGAGAUGUGGUUCAAUAGGUAGCAGUGCCAUUUGGCUUCCAAGCAGGUUGCAUGAGCUGGGAGCACUAAAACUGCCAGUGUAAAAUGGCUCAUGGCUUUGGGUACAGUGGUAACCAUACACCCAAAGGAGCACUGUUUACUUUUUAAUGCACUUUUGAAAAAACACUUUAUACUUCUAAGCCUUCCUCCCCUAGGUAAUUCUACACACUGACUUACCAAGAUGGUUCAUUUUGUGUAGAAGGGAUGCUAGGUGUUUGGGAGACGUUUGGGAUGAGAAGGAAAAUUGUCCAUCAGCUUGGUGUUCACCUACACAAUAGAUUAAUUCUGGUUUGGGUCCUGUCCAUGGGACGUGACUCUUACAGAACUGCUCAACCUUGUAGUGUUUGCCUGCCAAAUAUUUUCCUUUUCCUCCUCAAAUGUUUCUCUGUUCACUUAAUUGAUUUUCAUUUCUCUGUGAGAAAUCUCAGUGUGUAAUUCCAGAUGUAGAAUUGGACAUCUUCAAAUCCUCUAGUUCCUGGGGGAAUCCCAUUGUUUGGAAUGCAAAGCUUCUGUUCUCUCUACGUUUCCAACUAGAUCGAGCACUUUCUGUUGCUUGCCGCUUCAGCAAACUUAGCAUACAUUAACUUGUUUCCCAGCUCUGUGUGACACAGCUUCAAAAUGAGACAAAGACAAAAGAUGUUAGUGAUGUCUGCUAAAGUUGGACUUGCUUCUGAUGGAGAGGUGCAUGCAGCAAGAUGUCUGCCUUAUUAGGAAAACCUGCUCAUAUUUUCUCAUUCUGUGUGUGUGUCUGUUUCACCAAUAAAUCUUCAGUCUGAGGACUUUGGGGAAGCAGGCGAUACGCAGCUGUAGCUAACAUAGUAGCACAGUUGAGCAUGUGAGACAUGGUGUAAAAAAUAGAUGCUAAUGGUAAAUAUCUAGUUCCAAAAGCUAAGACUAAAGAAAAUACAUGAAAUAAAAAGCUUCAAUUUUCACUUGCUUGUAACAGCUUUGAACUGAGUGGUGUGUCAAUAUUGCAACAGCAUUAACAAGGCAACUUGCAAGAACAAACAUGCAAAUCCCCUCUGUAUACAUCUACAACAAGCUGAGCACAGUGGGGGAUAGCAUCCGUAGCCAGCUCUCUGCUCAGACUUCUAACAGUCAUGACAGUUACAUGGCAGAAUACACGUAACUGCUAUCUGCAACCCUGUCCUGCUGUCUUUUCUCCUAGCCUUAAGAGUGGCUGCUGCUGCU